UCCAUCACGUGAUUGGCUGUGGUCAUAUGACCUGCUGUUGCUAUUGCUAUGUCGGCAGCUGCUCUCACACACUCUUCCUGCUGCUGAGCCAGCUGAACACAACCGACGAGAUGCAGGCUAUGUUGCUGUGUUACUUCCUGUUCUCACUGCUGGGCAGUGAAGCGGCUCCGGGUGCAGACGAGGUGAAGUACCUGCCCGGUCUGCAGAAACAGCCGAGCUUCAAGCAGUACUCUGGAUACCUGAGUGUGGCCAACGGAAAACACCUGCACUACUGGUCAGUACCUGAGACAAAUUGACAUUUUAAGCGUUUU